AUGCAGCAUGAGAUAUCAACUUUAUCGCUGCUGAUAACGGUAUAUGUAACUCGCGCAGUGCGCUUGCACACAAUUUUCCAAUUUUUGGACGGCUACAAAGCAGACCACAGCCUCCAAGGCUACCUCCACGUAGGAAGAGACUACUCGGUGUUCCUAAAGAAACCGCAAGCCCACGACAAAUAUCUCGUAUACGAAUUAUACGAAUCUAAGAACUACGACGACGAGAAUUUCAAACCGAAUCUACUCGCUAUAUCCAAGGUACCGACUUCUUAUCUUCGAGAGCAAUUGAAGAUAUAUCGCGGCGAGCUGUACAGAGCGAAGUAUGUAGACGAUAAUGUUGUGGCCGGCACUCAAGUGAAAACACUGAGGGAAUGGCAAAUAGAGAAGGCGUUAAACUCCCAAAAUAAAGGCUUGAUUGUCGGAGAACCGUCGCCCCUGCGGACUGUAGUACUGUAA